UCCAUACAAGCCAAGAUGAGCUACGGAUCUGACGUCUUCUCCUCCUCCUCUUACCGGAGGAUUUUCGGCGAUUCUCCCCGCUAUGCGGCCUCUCCAUCGCGGACACCGAUGAACGUGUCCUCACGGGGAGGUUACCGGUCCUCCUCUCUAUCCCGGACCAACAUUUCAUCCCUGGGCUCCUACAGCAGAAAGUCCGGCCGCUCCUUCUCGCCUAUGCCACUGGAGACCUUCGACCUGACACAGAGCAGCGUCCUCAACAAUGAGUUCAAAAUCAUCCGCACCAAUGAAAAGGAACAAAUGCAAGGUCUUAACGACCGCUUUGCAAUGUUCAUCGAGAAAGUGCGCAACUUGGAGCAGCACAACAAAGUGCUGGAGACGGAGCUGGUCGCUCUGCGCCAGAGGCAGACCGAGCCGUCCCGCCUGGCCGAGCUUUACCAGCAAGAAAUCCGGGAACUGCGCUCCCAGCUCGAAGAACUGAACGGGGAGAAGUCCCAGCUGAUGAUCGAGAGGGAUAACAUUGAAGACGACCUUCAGAAAGUCAGGGGAAAAUACGAAGAGGAGUUCCGAGCCCGGGAGGAGGCGGAGGCGACCCUCAAGGCUUUUAAGAAAGAUGUGGAUGAUGCCACCAUGGUGCGCCUGGACCUGGAGAAGAAGGUGGAAUCUCUCCUGGAUGAGAUCAACUUCCUCAGGAAGGUGCACGAAGAGGAGGUGGCCGAGCUGACAGACAUGAUCCAGGCUGCCCAGGUGUCUGUGGAGAUGGAGGUGUCCAAGCCGGAUCUCACCUCCGCCCUCAAAGAGAUUCGCGGCCAGUACGAGUCCAUGGCGUCCAAGAACCUGCAGUCCGCCGAGGAGUGGUACAAGACCAAGUUUGCGGACCUGUCGGAGCAGGCCAACCGGAGUAACGAGGCCAUCCGCGCCAGCAGGGAAGAAGUGAACGAGUUCAGGAGGCAGCUGCAGUCCAGGACCAUCGAGAUAGAGAGUCUGAGGGGAACCAACGAGUCUCUGGAAAAGCAGCUCCGGGAGAUGGAGGAAAGGCACAAUGUGGAGAUUGGAAACUACCAGGAAAACAUGGUAGAGCUGGAGAAUGACUUGAGGACCACUAAGAGCGAGAUGGCUCGUCACCUGAGGGAGUACCAGGAUCUGCUGAAUGUCAAGAUGGCACUGGAUAUUGAAAUUGCAGCUUACAGGAAACUCCUGGAAGGGGAGGAGACCCGCAUUGGGACAGGCAUCACCUAUCCCGGCCCCUCUGUGAGCUCUGGUAUUGGGCAAAGCUACAACUACCAGACCCGCAUUUACACCAGCUCUGGCAAGAGCUCCAAGAAGGAGGGUAAGGAUGAGGACCAGCAGCAGCAGCAGAGCAAAUCUGGAGGCAAGGUGUCCCAGCAUGCAGUUUAUGAGGAGACAGUGAUCACCACCAAGAAGAUGGAGAAGCAGCAAGACUCCAAUGAUAUUCCCACUAAUCAGAAAAACUAA